UGCAAAAGUUUUUGCUCAACACGUGCUCGGCGCUCAUAUUUUAAAGCUAGACAUAAAAUAAAUCCGAAUAAUGGCAGAGGAAUCAUUCUAUGGUGUUACUUUAACCGCAGAAAGCAACAGCGUCACCUGGGACGUUGUCGCCGAUGAGGAUUAUGCACGCGGUCAGAAGCUGGUCAUCAAACAGAUCCUACUGGGCGCCGAGGCAAAGGAUAAUGAAUUCAACGUGGUCGAGGUGACCACACUGAAGGACUCGGUGCAGAUACCGAUUGCAGUGCUGAAGGCUGGCGAGACGCGUGCCGUCAAUCCCGAUGUGGAGUUCUACGAGUCGAAGGUUACGUUCAAGCUGAUCAAGGGCAGCGGACCGGUUUAUAUCCAUGGCCAAAACAUCAAGGAUGAUGUUGAGGUGGUCGACAUGGAGGAGGAGGAUGAGGAGGACGAUGGCGAAGAUGAUGAGAUCGAGCAUCCAAAGAAGCGCGCCAAAAUUGAGCCGAACGCUGAUGUCAAAAAUAAUGCCAAGAACCAGAAGAAAAAGUAAAAAAUCAAUAAAACAAAACAAAACAAAAAAAAAAAAACAACGAAAGAUUUGUAAGCUAAAUGUGUAGGUUUUAAAAGUUUUUUUAGGCCCUUUAAACAAUACAAUUGCAUAAACAUAAACACACUUAUAUAAUACUACAUGCAUGCGAUGUAAAACUUAAACAUACUUUUAGUUCCUUUCUCUGAGAUCCUUAAUCAUUCAACAAUUCAAAAAACAACAAACAAAAAAAAGAUACAAAUAUACUGAUGAUGUACUACUUACACUUAAGCAAUAAGCCAGUCUAAUAUGUAACAAAAAAAAAAAGAACAACAUCCCAAAAAACAAAGCAUGCAGCUGCAUAUAUAUAUAUAUUUAUAUAUUUGUAUAUAAAGUAUACUUUGGGUUCUUGAAGUUGUGGCUGUUUUGCAAUUAUGUUUUUCACACAAAACGGCACCAACUUCUUAUCCCAGUCAGGCUUUCUUUCAAUUUUACAAUUGUACUAUGAAAACAAGAACAACAAAACAAACAAAUAAGAAUGCUCUAGUCGAGAGAGCUCGAUAUGGAGAUACACUGAACCCAA